UUUGAUUUUGAUUUUGAUUUAAUAAAUUAUAAUUGUUGAUUGGAAAAGGAAAAAAAGAAAAGGAAGAGAUAAAAUUAUUACUUAAAUAUGAUACAUGUACAUAUGGACAUAAUUUAUUUGGUCUUAUACAUCAUACAUCAGUUGCAAGUCAUUUAUUCGUUUGUGAAGGAACACAUUUAGAUGAAAGUGGUCUUGUAUUAGUUUUAUUAAUUAAACAAUUUCUUCCAUUACCAUUAAAUAAACAAUUAUUAUCUAAAUAUUUACCAUUAAUUUUAUAA